CACAGCACAAUCAACAGAGCCAGGAGACUUGAGGCACCCGCAGGCCUUAUAUUCAAUUCUGUUGACGUUAAGAUGUCACUAUUUCAAUUGUUUGGAUCAUUUGUUUCCCUUUCCUUGCUUAUUGGUUGACCCGUACCGAAUCGUUGGCAGUUAUCCCUCGAGUAUCCACCAUCGGUCUCAAACCACAACCAUCCUUCAGUUGAACCCCUAUUUCGGUCGAGAUGUCCGACUCCUCCCUGUCUCUUCCCGUAGUCACGGGGUCAUCAACCAAAGCCAUCAAUAUCCUUCUCAUUAAUCCCAACGGCACCUCCUCUAUGACAGAAGCUUGCCUCCGUUCGUUGCAGCCCACUCUGCCACCAUAUUGCACGGUUACAGGCUUCACGGCUCCCCAUCCAACUCCCUCAGCCAUUGAAGGCCAUCUCGAUUGUGUUUUAUCGGCAGCCGCGGCCGUUCGGGCUGUAGCACCGAUUGCCUCAAAGUAUGAUGCAUUCCUUGUCGCCUGCUUCAGUGCACAUCCUCUUAUCAACGCUCUCCGAGAAGAAGUUUCUGGCCCGGUGAUUGGGAUUAUGGAAGCUGCUUUCUAUUCGGCUCGGAUGCUUGGCGGCAGGCUGGGUGUUGUGUCAACAGGCGGGAGGAGUAAGUACAUGCAUGAAGAUGCCAUCAGACAUUACGGCUUGGAUGCUUUCUCUGUUGGUGCCGAAAGUACAGGCUUGGGUGUCUUGGAAUUGGAAACACUGCCGAAGGACAAAGUCUUGGGACUCGUUGGCGAGGCCGCGAAAAGACUUGUGUAUGAAAAGGGCGCAGAUUGCAUUACUCUAGGCUGUGCAGGGAUGACAGAGAUGAAACUCAGAUGUGAGGAGUCCGUAGGGACGAAGGAUGCAUAUGCGCAAGUCAUUGAUGGAGUAGGUGUUGGCGUUCAGAUAUUGAUUGGGCUGGUGAGGGAAGGGCACGUGACGGCAAAGGGGGGUAUUUACAGGAGCGCAGCGGAGGGAAGAAGAGCCAGGGGCCAAGAUUGGAUGUGACAGGGCAGUGAAGCUAGAUCCUUUCCAACCAGUUCACCUCUCUUACUCCCAUUGUUUCACAGCAUAUACACCGUUCUCGAGCAGUCUCUAUCGCACAAGGUUGGCCUAUUCUUUAUUCCGGCUAGAUGGAUCUUCCAUCUCAGGAAAUCAGAAGGGUCAGAUCAGGGAUAUUAGUUGAAUAUUCUCUUCCUUAGUGCCAGUUCACUGUCAUCGAGGUUACACCGAGCCUAUGGAGCAUUCCUAUCUAUACAUGGUGCGUUAGUUUUCGAUUCGACAAUGGUUUGCGUUGGAUUUGACCAUACGAGGCAUCAUGGCCCACGCUGAGGCUACCGUCAAAUACUGAUAUCCUAGUGAUUCUAAGCGU